AAAAACAACCUCCGAUAAUUAAUCUCCUCAUUAACUCACCAAUUUUAAAUGGCUUGUUCUUGAAUUCACCCCUCCCUCGAUUCUUACUUGUGAUCUCUAUCUGUCGAAAGAGGAGGCUCCAUUAUUGACCAAGGUUGGAAGUUCGACCGUGAUGACAGGGUCACUUAAGGGAACCAACUAGAAAUACAUGAAUUCAAGAGCUGCUAAAUGAAUGGAAGGUUUGGGAAUUGAGUAUUUGUAAUUGGAAAAUUGCACUUCAUGUUAUGAAAAUGAAGGCCGCCGACAUUGAUCAUCAAUUGGAAGGUACAAACCCUGCUGAAAAUGAUCAUGAAGACAAUGCAAACAAUGCAGUUGCAGAUGAAGUGAAAGUACGAUGUUGGGAUCAAAGAGAAGCUGAACCAGGAGAACCUUGUUGUGUGAUUUGUGGCCGAUACGGGGAGUACAUAUGUGAUGAGACAGAUGAUGAUGUUUGCAGCUUGGAGUGUAAGAAGACACUUCUGCAAAGGAUUGCUAAGUCAAAGUUGCCCUCCACGCUUCCUAUCCAGAAACGAUUGCCUACUAGUGAUGAGUGCUUCUAUGUGAGAGGUACUGAAAAAGGGUCAAGGUCUUGUCUUCUGUCUGAUAAAGAAACUGCACUGCUGAGAGGAAGACUUGAUAUUUCUGUUAGGUGUGGCUCUGUCACUCCACCUGUUCUGUCAUUUUCUUCUUGUAACCUUCCGGUGAAGCUCCUUCAGAACAUCGAAUCCGUUGGAUUUGAGUUGCCAACGCCUGUCCAGAUGCAAGCUAUACCAGCUGCUUUAGAUGGCAAUAGUCUUCUUGUUUCUGCUGAAACAGGAUCUGGGAAAACUGCAUCAUAUUUGAUUCCAGUUAUCACUCAUUGUGUGAAUUCUUCUUCUUCUGAUCAAAGGAUCACGAGGAAGCCGUUGGCAAUGGUUCUUACUCCAACUAGGGAGCUGUGUGUGCAAGUUGAGGAAGAAGCAAAGUUGCUUGGAAAGGGUUUGCCUUUUAGGACUGCACUUGUGAUUGGUGGUGAAGCUAUGGCUGGUCAGGUUUACCGCAUCCAACAAGGUGUUGAACUAAUUGUAGGAACCCCGGGAAGGCUGAUUGAUCUGCUAAGUAAGCAUGAUAUUGAGCUGGAUAGUAUAUCAGUGUUUGUGGUUGACGAAGUAGACUGUCUGCUUGAGAGAGGCUUCCGUGAUCAGGUGAUGCAACUCUUUAGGGCUCUGUCAUGCCCCCAGGUUUUGAUGUUUUCUGCAACGAUAUCGGCUGAAGUUGAGAAGAUGGCACACUUAAUGGCAAAGUCCUUGGCAAUUUUUUUUGUUGGAAAGACAAAUAAGCCAAAUGUUGCUGUAAAGCAGAUAGCUAUAUGGGUAGAGUCAAAACACAAAAAGCAAAAGCUGUUUGACAUAUUGAUGAGCAAGCAACAUUUCAGGCCUCCGGUGGUUGUUUUUGUGGCUUCAAGGCUGGGUGCAGAUCUGUUAGCUGAGGCAAUCAACAUUACUACGAGGGCCAAAGCCCUCUCCAUCCACGGGGAGAAAUCCAUGAGUGAAAGGAGAGAGACCAUAAGGUGCUUUUUGAUGGGUGAAGUAUCUGUGCUAGUAGCAACUGGGUUAUUAGGCCGUGGGGUGGACCUGGUAAGCGUGAGGCAGGUAAUAGUGUUUGAUAUGCCAAAUUCAAUCAAGGAGUAUGUCCACUUGAUUGGCAGGGCCUCUCGACUUGGAGUAGAGGGGAAUGCAAUGGUGUUCAUAAAUGAGGAAAACAAGAAAAUGUUCCCAGAAUUUGUUCAUGUGUUGAAAUCAUCUGGAGCUGUUGUUCCAAAGGAACUUGCUAAUUCUAGGUACAUGGUCUGUCCUGUUUCAAUGAACAAGAGCCACAAGAAAAGGAAACAUGGUGGUUGAAAGCCUGAGAUACAAUAUGUUUCCGUCAUCUGGACAGAGUAAUACCAAUGUAUUGCUCUCAGAAGUUGGUGUUCCAACUAUGCAAUUUUGCAAGAAAAAAUGCUGCAAGCUAUCCUUUUUGAAGGGCUCAAUAAAGAUGCUGCUUGGAAUUGCUGAUUAUGGUACACCAGGGAACCCAGUUGAUGAUUCAUGAUUGCUAAUCUAGCAUCUGCUAUCCACUUCUUUGAGGCCUGUGUCAAGAUGGAGCUGCGGUGAUUGGAUGCCACUACUUUGCUACACUUAUUUUCUUGUCUCAGGAUUCGCGCGUUAGAGAACGCCAAUUCUGUCUUUCUUCCUGGUACGGGCUGGGAUGCCCCGAAGAACAGAAUACAAAAAAGUAAUAAGAGAAGCGUACAGACCAAUCAAUCGUAUCGAUCGUAUUCUUGAAUUUAAUAUUGGCCAGGGUUGUUGUGGAGCUUAGAAACCCUUGUGAGUGGCGGUAAGAUGUUCCGUAGACAAUGUUUGGGAUGUGAAUUGCAUGGCAAAUGGAGCUAUUCUCUCUGUCCCCUGACAAUCAUCGAUGAAAUUUGAAGGUAAAUGUUACGAAGUAUAUCUUUUUGUAUUGUUGGGGUCUCUAAAUAUUAGAAAAGGGAUUUCUGAUUUGAAGUUUGAUAAAGACUGGAAUCCAUAAUCGUAAGUAAACUUCACCUUUGUUUUAAACGUUUAAUGUUUAUUACCAUUCUUAUGCAACAUGAUAAUUAGUUUUCACAUUA